AUGGACGACCACAAGAUUGAUACAAAACACAUCGACGACAUUGACGUUCAGAAGAAUGACCUUGUCAUCACUCAUGAUGCUCGUGGAGCCUACGGCCCUGCUGGUAUCGCUGGCAUCUUUGGCAACAGCUAUGUAGCACUGUGCGCCGCCUUCUCGGCCAUGGGAGGCCUGCUGUUCGGUUAUGAUCAAGGUGUUGUAUCAGUCACUCUCACGAUGGAUGACUUCUUAGAACGAUUCCAUGAGAUUGCCCCUGGAUCUGGCGGUGCGAGCUUCAACAAAGGUCUUCUUACCGCGAUGAUCGAACUCGGAGCAUUGUUUGGUGCACUCAACACUGGUUGGGUCGCAGACAAGUACUCGCGAAAGUACUGCAUCGUCAUUGCAGUCGUGAUAUUCGUCAUCGGCUCCGCCUUGCAGACCGCCUCAGUCAACUACGACAUGCUCAUUGUGGCACGACUGAUCGGAGGAAUAGGCAUCGGAUCACUCUCUGCUGUCGCACCCAUGUACAUCUCAGAGAUCUCGCCUCCAGAGAUUAGAGGAACAUUACUGGUCUUGGAAGAGUUCAGCAUCAUUGUUGGUAUCGUAGUAGCGUUCUGGAUCACGUAUGGUACACGAUACAUGGACACAGAGUGGAGCUGGAGACUCCCUUUCCUUCUGCAAAUUCUACCCGGUCUUGUUCUCGGUGUCGGCAUCGUCUUCCUUCCAUUUUCCCCUCGCUGGCUGGGUAGCAAAGGCCGAGACGAAGAAGCACUGGUUGCACUUACACAACUACGUCGCUUACCAGCCACCGAUGCUAGAGUCCAACAAGAAUGGUUCGAUAUUCGUGCUGAAGCAAGACUAGUAAAAGAGAUCAGCAAAGAACGCCAUCCGACCCUGCAGGAUGGUACAAGAACCAGCCGUUUCAAGCUCGAGCUUGCCUCGUGGGCCGAUCUUUUCAAGAAAGGGUGCUGGCGCAGAACUCACGUCGGUGUGGGAAUCAUGUUUUUCCAGCAGUUCGUCGGUAUCAACGCUCUGAUCUACUACUCGCCUACUCUGUUCGCAACCAUGGGUCUGGACUCUGGUAUGCAAUUGAUUAUGUCUGGCGUGCUCAACAUCAUGCAACUGGUCGGUUGUUCAACCUCAAUCUGGACAAUGGAUCGCUUUGGCCGUCGUACACUGCUUCUCUGGGGCAGUCUGUUCAUGGCAGCCUCUCACAUCAUCAUCGCUGGCCUCGUGGGCGAAGGACAAAAGGACUGGGAUGCGAAUGGCGGUAUGGGAUGGGCAGCUGUAGCUUUCCUUCUCCUAUAUAUGGUGUCAUUUGGAGCCAGUUGGGGACCCGUACCUUGGGCGUUACCUUCUGAGAUCUUUCCAUCAUCGUUGCGUGCGAAGGGUGUAGCUUUGUCGACCUGUUCGAAUUGGCUGAACAACUUCAUCAUCGGUCUCGUAACUCCGCCUCUCAUCUCCGGUACAAACAACUACGGCGCCUACAUCUUCUUUGCCGUUUUCUGUGUCUUUUCCGGCGUCUGGGUCUUCUUCUUCGUCCCCGAAACAAACGGCCGGAGCUUGGAAGAGAUGGAUCACGUAUUUAGAGAUGCUGGUGGUAGCGAAGAGGAAGAGAUCAGAAAGUUAAGGAUUGAGAGGGAGUUGGCUGCUAGUACACAAGCGCCUGCUCUUGCUUGA